AUGAAAAACUUGUUACCCUCAUUUCCUCGUAUUUCGAAUUGUAUUUCUACCUUUAAUUUUCCAUUAUCAACUAGUCUCGUUUUGCAUGCCCAACAAAAUUCUUUUCGACAAAUUCGUUUAAUAUCAUGUACAAAUACAAUUUAUAGGCAUCAUUAUGACAUUUUAGAAAUCCCACAAAACGCAGAUCGGCAAUUAAUUAAAUCACAAUUUUAUAAAUUAUCAAAGAAAUAUCACCCGGAUGUAAACUUGAAUGAUGAAAAUGCACAUUCAAAGUUUUUACUAAUUAGCGAAGCAUAUUCCGUAUUGAUUAACGAUCAAAGUAGGAAAGAAUACGAUCGUUCAAUACAAAAGUCAAUUCGAUAUAGAAAUCCAGCAAACCCACAGACUCAUUAUUCUUCACAUCAUUUUCGACCUAAAGUAAGAAGAAAAAAUUCCGGAGUUCAUAGUAAUCAUCAACAUCAGAGACCAAAUUUAAAAUUUAAUUUUCAUGAACAUUAUCAAAGACAUUAUGGAGAAGAAUUAAGAAGAGCUAAAGCAGCGGCGGAACGGGAUAGAUUAAAUAAUAUUAACAAAGAGGAAUCAUUAAAAGAAGAAGUUCAAAAUAGAAGACUUCUAAGAUUAAUUUUAUUUUUAAGUGUUUUAUUGCUGGUAGGAGGUUCCGGAAAUAAAGAAAUUAUUCAUGAUCUUAAAUGA